GCGUCCGACCUCCUCCUCCGCUGCGAGGAGAUGGCAGCGGGGCUCCUCCAGGGCGACGGCACGAGGCCGCCCGCGGCGCGGCCGCCGGGCGGCCUGCCGCCCGGCGCGCGGCGGGAGGCGGGGCAGCAGCCGGCCUGCAGGCUGGGCGCGUCGGACGCGGAGGCCCACCAG